AUGGAAAUCGUAAUUUUUGCUGGAAUAAUUAUAUCUUUAUAUAUUUCAUACUUUUAUUUUCAUUAUUUUACUCGGCCUAACCCUCUUCCUGGACCAUUUCCAUUCCCAUUUAUUGGUACACUUUUUCAAAUUGGGGUGGACCCUUGUAAAUGGGGAGAAAAAAAUUUGAAUGAUUCUAUAGAUCUUUGGGAAUUUUACGUUGGCCCUUUUCGGGUUAUAACCAUUCGCGACGCAAAAUAUCUUGAUAAAAUUUAUUUGUCAUAUAAUGAAGCAAAGAAUUUAUCUAAAGAAUCAAAAUUUUUCAAACGAAACACUGCUGCUUAUGAUGAGGUUGGAAUAUUAAAUGGUAUAGUACUUAAUAGUGUAUAUCAUAAAUGGAAACGAAGUCGACAAUUUGUUACUAAAGUUUUAAUGUCGAAAAAAUAUCAUUAUGGAUUCAUAAAUAGUGUUCAAAAUAUAUUUAAAGAGUAUGAAGUAUAUUGGGAUGAAAAUAAAGAAGUAACUUUAGAUUUUUCAACAUGGGUUUAUAAUUAUAAAGCACAAGUAUCAGUCAUGACAGUUAUUGGACAACAACUAUAUAACUUGCCUUCAUUGGACUUAAUUUCUAAAGCAGCAUCAGAAUAUAUUGCAAUGUUUGCAUUCUUAGUCUUUGUACCAAAAAUUGUUAGUAGAAUUCUUAUGUUAAUUGGAUUUAAUACUAUGAAGAAGAGGUCUAUUUUCUUGAAUGGUACAAUUAAAAAUGUUGUUCAAAAACGUAGGGAAGAGAUUGAAAAUGGAUCACCGACAAAUUUUAAUUUAUUGGAUUUAUUGUUGACAUCAAAUUUAUUGAAUGAUUCAGAAAGUAUCAAAGGUGAAGAACCAUUUACUAAUGAAGAAGUUGUGACCAAUCUUGCCGAAAUUACAGCUACUUCAAUUGAGACGACUAGCUCUGCCCUUUGUUUUCUUGUCUAUAAUGUUGCCCAAAACCCAUCAGUUAUUGAAAAAAUUCGAGCAGAAAUUCUUAAAGUAUUUGGACCAGAUACAAAUACAAUAAUCACUUAUGAAACACUUGGACGUUGUCAUUAUAUUGAAGCAGCGAUCAAAGAAGCUUUACGCAUUACAAGUCCAGUUCCGUACAAUUUACGUAUUCUUGAUGGUGAAGAAAGUGUAGGUAAAUUUCAUUGGCCAUCUGGAACAUGGUUUUGGAUUAAUCAUCAUCGAAUUAUGAAUGAUCCUAAUAAUUUUAAUGAACCGAAAAAGUUUAAUCCUGAUCGAUUUCUCGAUGAAGAAUAUGGAGGCACAGGUGAAUUUAAAAAUAUACCUAAGAAUGUAUAUGCACCUUUCGGUGGAGGUUUAAGAAUUUGUCCAGGAAAAAAUAUUGCGUUAAUAGAGCUUAAGUUAAUCACAGUCUUGCUUUUUAGAAAAUAUAAUAUUAAUUUGGUAAAUGGAAGUGAAUCAAUUAAAUAUGGUUAUAGGUCCGCUCAACAAAUGGUUGCUACUGUAAUUACAGAAUUAGCAAUUUUGUAA